AACGCUGACGAAGUUUCGUUUGCAUUUUAGAAUUUGACACAUGUCCAAAUUAAUGUUGAAGGCCUGAUAAAGCAUUUGCGCAUUUCUGUGUGUAAUUUUAGCAAGAUAAAGUCUUACGUCCCGCCCAGGACGUGUGACCAAAUUACUAUAUUCAGCAAACAGUUGCCAUGCUGCCAGACCAGUCAGAGAUGUAACCAGACUACGUUCAAAGGAAACUUGCAGUAAGAAAUUAUCAAGAUGUCUUCUGAAGGAGAGACUUCUCAGACUUCCUCAUCCUCCUCCUCCUCCUCCUCACCAACUCCUUCUGCCUCACACUUCAUCGGGAAGAAGGAGGACAUUGUCAAGGCGGGGCGCGUGACCAAGCUGGUGAAUGGAUGCAGAGACGUACUGGUCCUGUACCACCAGGGGCAGCUUCAUGCAAUGGACAUGCGCUGCUACCAUUCAGGUGGUGCAUUACAGUAUGGAGACAUUGAGGAGUUUAAUGGGCGGAUGUGCAUCGUGUGCCCAUGGCACAAGUACAAGAUCACACUAGCAGAAGGGGAAGGGCUUUACCAAGCUGUGGACGAUCCUACAGCCAAACCCCUGAGAACUCACUGGUGCUCCAAGGGAGUCAAACAGAGGAUUCACAAGGUCACUGAGGUCAACGGGGAUGUAUAUGUAACACUGAACAACUCCAGCGACACCAUUGAGUCAGACGUCUACCAGACUGAGAAAUACAGGACUGUCUUGCUCAAGGCCCAGCCAAAACCCAAGCCCAAGAAAUAACACAGGAUUUGUUGAAUAUACAAAGCAUGCCUCAAGGACAAUUUUGGAAGUUUUGUUUUAUUGGGGAACAUUAAUAGCUUCAAGAGGAGGAUAUGCAGGAUGUGUGUAAUUCAGUAAAUAUUUAAUGUAUAAAAUGGCUGGCAUUUUUUACUUCAUUCAAGAACAUUUUGUUUUGCUACAGAAUAUUAGGGAUUAUAAUUAUUAAAUAAAAUCAGAUUAAUUGCUUCAAGGCCAAUUUUGGAAGCUUUGUUUUACUGGGAAACAUUAAUACCUUCAGGAGGAGGAUAUGCAGGAUGUGUAUUUAAUUCAGUAAAUAUUUAAUGUAUAAAUGUCUGUCAUUUGUGACUUCAUUCAACAACAAUUUGUUUUGCAACUGAAUAUUAGGGAUAAUAAUUAUUAAAAAAUAUACUGUUUA